UAAAAUUAACAUAUACGACUAAAUUUAUAUAUCCUAAUAUUGCAUUCUGUUAUCAUAUAUCGGUUUCAUGAUGGAAUGGUUUACUUUUAUUUGGCAAUAUAGAUCAUAUCAUCAUCUUCUCACACGAUGGCACCAAUAAGUUUGUUAUGUAAAGAUUUUCUCCGAUCGUUGCUUGUUACUGAAGAUAAUCGUACUAAGGACAACUGUUCACAAUCAUUGGGUCAUCGAAUAUUAGCUGGGACUGAUUCAAUCUCGCCUGUUGCUGAUGAUGACAGUGAUGCUCUGGUUAGUGCAAAUGCCAAGGUGUAUGAUAACGAUGGCGAUGAAGGAGAAACAGAUGGAACAAUUGAGGCACGAUGGAAGGAAAAAUAUUUGUCUCGCAAGGCGGCCCAUGUCGAGUACAAUCGAACGACUCAAACCAUCCAAGACAGUAACAUCACUGCUGGAGACGAUGCUAUACUGAGGAAGUUGCUGGACGAACCAAUAGAUAUAUCUUUUCAUACUUAAUUAUGUUUGAAUCGAACGAACGUGGACACAAUAAAAAAAUAAUUCAAAGUAGCUUUGCUUUGAGCUAUAA